AGAGAGUAGCUUAUGACAGUUCCAGUGCCCCGAAGGAUUGUCGGGCCUCUGCAUGGUUUGAAUCACCUGAUGAUGACCCAUCCAGCCAUGCCAAGAUGUACAUCUUGAGUGAGUUCUCUUAUGACCUUGACAGGAGCAGUGCACAGACCUUCAAUGUAGAGACAGCCGACUUGGGUGUGGUCAACAUGGUGCGGCUGGACUUCACCUCCAAUCAUGGGAAUUCAGCUCUAACAUGCAUCUAUCGCUUUAGGGUGCAUGGCUAUGAGCCGAACUCCCCAGCAGCUAUGGGUUUGCAGGCCUGACAGAGAGUUGUGGUGCUAUUGUUUGUUAUGCACUGAACCGCAGCUGCUGUACCCUCAUCAAUUCCUGGUUGUAUUGCUCAUCCUUACGUCCCCUCUCCCAUUUUUCCAACGGGAGACUUUAAAUCUUUUGAUUAUUUGUUGCGCUUAUCAUUUCUGUUCUGCUUAGCAGAAAGGUAUUGAAUGGUGCCAUUUAUGCUCAGCAUAUGUGACUAUGGAAUUAAGCACCAACAUUUAAACAAUCAUCAAUUGCUUGAUACCUUUUGUAAUCAUAUGUCCCCGGAAUUAAAGAAUAUGAUGAAUUGGUCA